AUAGAGCGUUGUUAUUGUCUUUAGCUUGUCUGUAGCUGUAUGUACAGUCUAUGGUCUGUAGCUUUGUGGCUAGGUAGGUUGGCAGUCGCUUGUUUUCUUGCUAGCUGCUCGGGAUUCUCAGUCAUCGCCACCGCACAGUCAGUCGUUGUUUUCGCGCAUCAUACGGACCACAAAUUACAGAUGGACCAACAGGACCAGUCCUAUAUGUUUGCAAGUCUCACACGGCCCCACUCAGAGCAGCUGCUGCAAGGCCUCCAGCUCUUGCGGCAGGAUCAUGAACUGUGCGACAUCGUCCUACGUGUGGGUGAUGCCAAGAUUCAUGCCCACAAAGUAGUUCUGGCUAGCAUCAGCCCUUACUUCAAGGCCAUGUUUACAGGUAACCUUUCAGAGAAAGAGACCUCUGAGGUGGAGUUCCAGUGCGUUGAUGAGACCGCAUUGAAGGCUAUUGUAGAGUAUGCCUACACAGGGACGGUGUUCAUCUCCCAGGAAACUGUUGAGUCUCUGCUGCCGGCUGCCAAUUUACUCCAGGUUAAGCUUGUACUUAAGGAGUGCUGUUCCUUCUUAGAAAGCCAGCUGGAUGCUGGAAACUGUAUAGGGAUAUCCCGCUUUGCAGAGACAUAUGGCUGUCAUGACCUGUGCUUGGCUGCAACAAAAUUCAUCUGUGAGAACUUUGAGGAGGUGUGUCAAACGGAGGAGUUUUUUGAACUUACAAGAGCUGAGUUGGAUGAAAUAGUUUCUAAUGACUGUCUUAAGGUGGACACAGAGGAGAGUGUUUUUUAUGCCCUGGAAUCGUGGAUCAAAUAUGAUGUGACGGAGAGACAGCAGCACCUUGCUCCGUUGUUACACUGUGUUCGCCUUCCACUUCUCAGCGUCAAAUUCCUCACCCGCCUAUAUGAAGCCAACCACCUUUUACGAGAUGACCACGCGUGCAAGCACUUGCUCAACGAGGCCCUCAAAUAUCACUUUAUGCCUGAACACAGACUUUCCUAUCAGACUGUGUUGUCAGCACGGCCCAGGUGUGCCCCAAAGGUGCUACUUGCAGUAGGUGGCAAAGCUGGUCUGUUUGCUACACUGGAAAGCAUGGAAAUGUAUUUCCCUCAGAGAGAUUCAUGGAUUGGACUGGCCCCUCUUAGUGUUCCCCGUUAUGAGUUUGGCGUGGCGGUGCUGGACAACAGAGUUUUUGUGGUGGGAGGCAUUGCCACGCACAUGAGGCAAGGGAUUAGCUAUCGGAGACACGAGAGCACCGUGGAGAGCUGGGACCCCGAAAGCAACACAUGGUCCUCCAUGGAGAGGAUGGCAGAAUGUCGCAGCACGCUCGGUGUGGUGGUCUUAGCAGGAGAACUGUAUGCUCUGGGAGGCUAUGACGGCCAGUAUUACCUUCAGUCUGUGGAGAAAUAUGUCCCUAAGCUGAAGGAGUGGCAACCUGUGGCUCCCAUGACAAAGUCCCGUAGCUGUUUUGCCACCGCUGUGCUGGAUGGCAUGAUCUACGCUAUCGGAGGCUACGGGCCAGCGCACAUGAAUAGUGUGGAGCGGUACGAUCCUAGCAAAGAUGCCUGGGAAAUGGUAGCCCCCAUGGCAGAUAAGCGGAUCAACUUUGGCGUGGGCGUCAUGCUCGGCUUCAUCUUUGUGGUGGGUGGACACAACGGAGUGUCCCACCUGUCCAGCAUCGAGCGGUACGACCCACAUCAGAACCAGUGGACAGCCUGCCGUCCCAUGAAUGAACCUCGGACUGGUGUGGGCUCUGCAAUUGUGGACAACUGCCUCUACGUGGUUGGAGGUCACUCAGGGUCAUCCUAUCUGAACACUGUCCAGCGCUAUGACCCCAUCUCGGACAGUUGGUUGGACUCCAACGGCAUGAUGUAUUGUCGUUGUAACUUUGGUCUGACUGCCCUUUGACCCUUGGCCCUGCCAGCUUGGACUCAGUAAAACAACUUUAGAAACAAA